AUGACGACGAUACCGAUACUCAACAUUGAGUUCAGUGAGCUCAAGGAGAUAAUAUGGACAAAGUUGCAGGAACCGAAAGCUCAACGGAAGCUAGUUCUGGUUAUCGUAUCGGUGGCUUUGCUGCUCGAUAAUAUGCUGUAUAUGGUGAUAGUGCCAAUCAUACCUGAUUAUUUGAAGUACAUUGGUGCGUUCGAAGAGGUCGAGGAGGAAGUUAACGCAACGGGACCGCCUUCGCAUCACGGCCAAGAUUCAGCGACGGGAGUGUUGUUCGCAUCUAAAGCUAUUGUUCAGUUAAUGGUGAACCCAUUUUCCGGCGCUCUGAUAGACAGAAUCGGUUACGACAUACCUAUGAUGAUAGGACUCUGCAUAAUGUUCCUAUCAACGGCUGUGUUUGCUUGCGGCAGAAGUUACGGUGUUCUUUUCUUCGCUAGAAGUCUUCAAGGAGUGGGUUCCGCGUUUGCGGACACCAGCGGUUUAGCUAUGAUAGCGGACCGUUACACCGAAGAGGCAGAACGCUCGAAAGCCCUCGGUAUCGCGUUAGCUUUCAUCAGUUUCGGUUGUUUGGUAGCACCGCCGUUUGGCGGUGCGCUCUAUCAAUUUGCGGGUAAAGAGGUACCCUUUCUCAUACUUGCUUUCAUCAGUCUCGCUGACGGAGUGAUGCUUUUGCUAGUAAUGAAGCCAGUGGAUGAACAAGUGAAAGAGAGAAACGCGACACGUCAAACGAUACCGAUUUGGCGGCUGCUUAUAGAUCCGUAUAUCGCAGUAUGUGCAGGCGCUUUAAUGAUGUCAAACGUUGCAUUGGCCUUCUUAGAACCUACGAUUUCGUUAUGGAUGGAGGAUAAUAUAACUCACGACAACUGGAAAAUGGGAAUGAUUUGGUUGCCUGCGUUCUUCCCUCACGUACUUGGUGUCGUGAUAACGGUUAAAAUGGCCAAACAGUAUCCUCAACAUCAAUGGCUAAUGGCUGCGUUUGGCCUGGCGUUGGAAGGCAUGUGCUGCUUUAUAAUACCUUUCUGUACCAGCUACGGCGUCCUUAUGAUUCCAUUGUGCGGAAUUUGCUUCGGCAUAGCUCUAAUCGACACCGCUUUACUACCAACAUUGGGCUACUUGGUAGACGUAAGAUACGUUUCUGUCUACGGUAGCAUUUACGCUAUAGCUGACAUUUCGUACAGCAUCGCGUAUGCGGUAGGACCUAUAAUAGCCGGUGGUGUUGUAGAAGCAAUUGGUUUCACUGCUUUGAAUAUUGGUAUAGCUUUUUCGAAUUUGCUGUACGCACCUGUACUCGUGUAUCUCAGGCAUAUCUACGACUUCAAGCCGUUCCAGGAUGAGGCAGACGUUCUCGUGCAAGAUCCACCCGAUAAAGAAUACCAAACGUAUGUGUUACAAGAACAGAGACCGCUGUCAGGCGAGGUGGGCAAUCACCUGAAUCAAACGCGCAUGGAGACGAAUGUCGACCAAGGUUACGAUCAAAGUUACCAGACUACGCAGAAUUACGAUCAGAGUGGGUACGGGCAGAAUAUAAAUGCUGCCGGAUACGCUCAAGCCCCAGGAGGUUACGAGCAGCCACCUGUGUAUGAGCAACAGAGUAAUUACGGUCAGCAGCCUACGGGUUACUCUCAGCAGAGACCUUAUGGAGAAGAACCGCUAACAGGAGGUCAGGUGGACGUCAAUCCAUUCAGGAGACCUAACGUCGAACAGAAACCUUCCGGCGAUAGUAAUCCAUUCAGACAAGGAAUGUAUUAAUGCGGUCGAUGAGACUGCAUAGUUUAUCCGGUAUUCGUGAUCGUUUACGAUCCAACA